AUGCUGAGCCUGAGCAUCGUGGUCGCCAUCGCCGCCUCUGGCGCGGCGUUUUUCAUAGUCUGCGGAGUCGUUGCAGUCGUUGUCUGGGUUCGAUUCCGCAAGGAGCGCCAUGCGUUGAGAGUCCUAAGGCUGACCCCAGGGGAGAAUACCCGCAAGAUACAAACCUUCGCUGGGGAUACGUUGACGGAGCUAUCUCAUCAGGAAGGGAGUGUUCUUCGGGCUCACGGCCAGCUACCGUAUGGCAAGCCGACAGAAUGGGGCAAGCUGGAAUCACGAGAGACUCUUCUACGGCCAAAGAACGGAUCCGAGACAUCGUGGCCCCUCAUGGAAAGAGCACGAUCACUGCGCAAUUCUAUCCGCAGAGCCCGGUCAAAACGGUUCUCCAGAACCGGGCAUAAACGUGUGGACUCCAUGGCCACCGUCAGCGAGAUGGUACCAAGCCCGCCCGGGAGCUCAAGAGAGAAUAUCCCUCUCUCGGCUGUCGAAGGAGUCCUGGAGCUGCCGGCGGAGCGAACACCACAACAGACCCCAGAAAUUCCCAGAGAAGAAGAAGGAUUCCACCUUGGCAUGCGCCCUAUGUCGCCUGCAUCAGCCUGGCCGCCCACAACUCAACGAGCGCAAUCGACCCUGUUUCCGGUGCUACCAGGCAACAAUUCACAGGACAUGUUUGACCCACCUUCAAUGAUCUUUGACGAGUCUCCUACACGGCUUCGUGGUGGAAGUAUCGUCAGUCAGACCGCAGGCCAUGUCCCUGAUCAGUCAAUCCCCCCUCCACCUCCCCCCGCCGCUUUUCCACAGGAACGUUUCAGCUACCUGCGGAACGACUCGGUCAUGCGUCUGUCGUCAAUGAGCCUCGACACAACCAACAGCUCAAUUCUGGAUGAUGGCAGGAAUGGCCCUCGAUCCGCCGACACCGACCUCACGUCGCCUAUCUUCCCAUCUGGCGGCACGUUCGUGCCAUACAGCGCCAAUGACGUUGGAGUCAAAAACGGACGCCGAAGCUUCAUUGCUGCCAAUACCUCGUUGCCGCCUAAUUUCCCCAUACGUUCGUCGUCAAACGCUGAUAACCAUAGGCGGAUGGCGGAAGAAGCCGUAUCACCCCGGCGCAGCAUGACAACAACUUCUCGGAACCCAAGUAAUGCAAGCAGCCGUUCUAACGGUGUGCCUCGUCGCAGUGAAUCUAUGUCGUCGAACCCUCCGCAAAGACAUUCGUCCCUUCGCAAUAGCACACCUGGGCCACCGGCUGGUUAUCAGAAGGCCAAUUCUUCCGCCUGGCGGUCACCCCACUCGAAUGCGGCUUAUGUGCUGCAUUUCAGUCAGUACCAACAACAACCGCCGGGCUACGAGAAUGAGCAGUUUGACAAUGAUCCAUUUUAUGGAGGCUCUCCAGCCUCAAAUGGUACCCUUUUCUCCACUGGUUCUCCCGGCCAACCGCUCGCUUAUAUGCCUCAAAGUCCCAUGCAGCGCUCCAGUCUGUCUAUCAAAGGACCUCUUCCAUCAGCACUCAAAGGAUCUAAUUCUCAGCGCAAGAGUAAGGGUCACAGACGCCAGAACUGCGUUCGUAUAUCGAUCCAUCCGCCCAUGACAUUCGGAGGCUCUGUCUUCUCCCCAACAGUCGAAGAAGAACCCGAAGACUUGGAUGCCAUGGAAGAGGUGGACCUGCGUGAGAGCACCAUCAACGGGACACCUAAAGCGCAGCCAUCCCCGCCUGUGAACACGUCCUCCCCGCUGCCCCGCUCAAAGCGUGGAAGCGGCAGUCGCCGCACCAAGCCUGUCAUUUCAGCACCAAGCUCUCUCGGCCCUUUGGCUGAAGAGCCGCAGCCUCGCACGCAUACCCGAACUCCUUCUAAGAAGCGGAAGAAGGCGCCCACCGACAACGCAGACGAUACACCCAUCUUCGCCAGAGACCAUUCUUUGCCUGGUAUUUUCACGGCCCUCCCCCCUAGUGGCGACGUAAGUCUCUCGCAUACGCCUUCCCCGGAGCGGGAGCCGCCAGUAUGGGCGGUGCCUGGAGCUCCAUCGCCCUUGGCCUACGAGAAUUCGCCUGCUAGUGGCACUGGCAGCCCUCGACGGACAGCUGUAAAGGGACCGCGCACUCAGCCGGGCAAGCCUGCCCGGAGCAACUCGACGCGUGCUCCACCACCAAGGCCCAUCGGCCCCUUGAUGGGACCAACUUCAUCUCCUGGUCUACCCUUCAUCACUGGCACCCAGGGUAGCGAUUGGCGGAGGUCGACAGACACAUUGCACAGGACACAAACGGAUGCAAGUAACCACUCCUACCGGCGGUACCGCGAGUCCCAAGGCUCCUUGGCGAGUGCUCUUGACUCAUCCAUGUGCCCAACCUCCCCAGUAUAUGGUACCAAUGCCUCGACCGUACGAGACAAGGUCACUAUCUGGGAAGACGCCAACCGCAGCGGAUCGCCGCCCAAGCCCCCGGCUCCCCAAUUCGCAGGCAACUACGCCUUCCCUCCAGAUACCAACGCCUCGCCAGUGCACAUGAAAAACACCAUUCCACGUUCUAUCUCUAAGAGUGGGAGAUCGCCAGCCCGCAUGGCCAGCUAUCGCGCCCCGCCAACGCCGACAUCUGCUCGUCGUGGCAUGACAACGCCCACUGGGAAGGGACUUGGAAUCGGGAUUGGAUGUGCGACGCCGGUCAGUCUGUACGAUGGUGACGGGUUUUUUAGAGAGUAA